AGAGAGAAGGGGGAAGAUGGUGAGCAAGAGGCAAAAGGAGGCCAAGAAGCGGUUCAACGACGCGAAUCCCCAACUCUUCUCCGAUCCGAAGCCGGAACACUCGUCUACCUCGACCUCGAAGAAGGAGAAGGAGAAGAAGAAGAAGGGUCUCAAGAAGAAAAAGGGGGAGGCAGCCUUCAAGAAGGGGAAGAAGACCGGGGGCGCCGCUACGAGGAAGCACCCCCUCAGGGUACCCGGGAUGCGCCCUGGCGAGAGCUGCUUUAUCUGCAAGGCCACCGAUCACAUCGCCAAGCUCUGCCCCGAGAAAGCUAUGUGGGAGAAGAAAAAGAUUUGCUUGCUUUGCCGGCAGCAUGGUCAUAGUCUGAAGAAUUGUCCAGAGAAAAGUGAUGACACCAAUAAGAAGAAGUUGUGCUACAAUUGUGGAGAAGUUGGGCAUUCACUUUCUAGGUGUUCACUACCACUUAAAGAUGGGGGAACUAAAUUUGCAAGCUGCUUUAUCUGUAAAGAACUUGGACACUUAAGUAAGAAUUGUCCAAAUAACACACAUGGAGUCUAUCCAAAGGGUGGUUCAUGUAGGAUAUGUGGUGAAGUAACCCAUUUAGCCAAGCACUGUCCAAACAAAGGCAAUAAAUCUUUGGACACUUCCACAGGACAGCAGAAAUUUUGUAAGUCCUGUUGUUCAGCGAAUGCGGUCUCGGGAAUGGCGGUGCACGACGAGUGCAAGCUCAAGUUCUUGGACCUGAAGGCGAAGAGGAACUACCGGUUCAUCGUCUUCAAGAUCGACGAGAAGAUACAGCAGGUGACGGUGGAGAAGCUGGGCCAACCCGACGAGACCUACGACGACUUCACCGCCUCCUUGCCGGCCGACGAAUGCCGCUAUGCCGUCUUCGACUUCGACUUCGUCACCGACGAGCACUGCCAGAAGAGCAAGAUCUUCUUCAUAUCCUGGGCACCUGAUACCUCGAGGGUGAGGAGCAAGAUGCUCUACGCCAGCUCCAAGGACAGGUUCAAGAGGGAGCUCGAUGGGAUUCAGGUGGAGCUGCAAGCAACCGACCCCAGUGAGAUGAGCAUCGACAUUGUCAAAGGGCGAGCUCUAUAAGAGAGCCUACUUUGCUUCCUUCUCUCCGCAAUUGGUAUCCGCAACCCAUUCAUACAUUGCCUAUUAUUAUGCCUGAUGCAAUUAGCCUCCCUCCCUCUCUCUCUCUCUCUCUCUCUCUCUCUCUCUCUCUCUCGCUAUAUGUGUGUGUGUGUGUGAUGGACUUAUAUUACCUCUUUAUGGAAGUCUCAAGGAAUCGUAAAAGCCGUGUUUUGGUUAUUAUUUCGUAUGUAAAUUAGAGGUUAAAAUCAACAGAAUUGUUGCUCUC